UUUUGGCGGGAAGCGUGGGGCGGGCUGGACAAUGAGAGUGUCCGCCGCCUGAGCCAAUAAAGCUGCGCUGGUUUUGAAUCGCGGCGCGUUUCCCGCCGCCGGGGUCAGGGGUCGGGGUUCGGGUCGCGGGGCGGAGGGAAGAGAGGGCGGGCGGGAGGUGCCGGCGCCAGACGCGGAGGAAGGAGCUGCGACCAGCCGCCGAGAGGCCGCGGAGCCCGCGACGACCGAGCCAGCCGAGCCGCCGCCGCCGCCGCGCCCAUGGCGGCCGCCAAGGACACCCAUGAGGACCACGACACCUCCACUGAGAAUGCCGACGAGUCCAACCAUGACCCCCAGUUUGAACCAAUAGUUUCUCUUCCUGAGCAAGAAAUUAAAACGCUGGAAGAAGAUGAAGAGGAGCUUUUUAAAAUGCGGGCCAAGCUGUUCCGGUUCGCUUCAGAGAACGACCUCCCGGAGUGGAAGGAGCGGGGCACUGGGGACGUCAAGCUGCUGAAGCACAAGGAGAAGGGGACCAUCCGCCUCCUCAUGCGCAGGGACAAGACCCUCAAGAUCUGCGCCAACCACUACAUCACGCCGAUGAUGGAGCUGAAGCCGAACGCAGGCAGUGACCGUGCCUGGGUCUGGAAUACCCACGCAGACUUCGCCGACGAGUGCCCCAAGCAGGAGCUGCUGGCCAUCCGCUUCCUUAACGCCGAGAAUGCACAGAAAUUCAAAACAAAGUUUGAAGAAUGCAGGAAAGAGAUUGAAGAGAGAGAAAAGAAAGGAUCUGGCAAAAAUGAUAGUGCCGAGAAAGUAGCUGAGAAGCUAGAAGCUCUUUCGGUGAAGGAGGGCAAGGAGCCCGAGAAUGAGACCAAGGAGCCCGAGAACGAGACCAAGGAGGUGGCUGAGGAGGAGCAAUGAGUCGGCUCCCGUUGUGUUCUUUCUCCCUGUCUUUUCCCUUUUUCUUUUUUUAAAUUUUGCCCUGCACCCUUCUUUUUGGUUUGUUUUUAUUCUGUUUUGUUUUUACAAGGGACUUUAUAUAAAGAACUGACUUCCAACAUUCAGGUUGUUUUUUUCUAAGUUUUUGCCCUAAUGAAGACGACUUCAGAAAAUCCAUUACCCAGUCGUGAGAAUGUACUGUGCUAACUUUCUUUUCCAUAGUGGAAACACUUAUUUAUAGUCAUCAAAAUAGCAAAUAAACAACACGUUUGAAACUUG